UGACUCGCGCUUGCUGUCCUUGCCUUGUGUUGCAUCUCUGCUUUGAGGUUGUGCUUUGUGCUUGUGCUCCUCUUUCCCACCAACACAAAGCCAAGAGCGUAACAGCAGCAGCAACAGCAGCAGCAGCGACGGCAAGGCACCAUGAGUGGUGACAGCUCGCCAGAUGGCGUGACGACCGCGUUCCUGACAGGAUUCCUGCAGGAUCUGAAGAAGAAGCACAGCGAUCAUGACUCACUGACGACAAAGGAGGUCUGUGAGCGUGUCGUCUUGCCGGAGAUCAAGGCACAAAACGCGCCGUAUGUGGAGGCGAUUCGACAGAAGGACCCCAAGGCUGUUGGUGCCGCCACCAUGCACGUCGUGCAUGCGUGGGACAACAAGAUCGUGCCGCUGCUCGAAACCCUGAUUGAGUUUGGAAGCGCAAACGCGGACACCGUCUUCUGGCUGGAUCUCUUCUGCAUCAACCACCCAAACACGGACAACCUCUCAAAGAAAUGGUGGACCAAGACGUACACGGACAUGAUCGCCGACCGCGGGCAGAUGAUGCUUGUGCUGUCUCCCUGGGACGACCACGCGCCCUUCCAGAACGCACAGUGCCUGUGGGACAUCUACAGCGGCAUGCACGAGCGCAAGGUGCGGCUGUUUGUCCACCUCUCAAAGGCGCAGGAGGCCGCGUUCAAGGAGGCCAUGCUCAAGGACGCCGAGCACGUCACGGACACGCUGCGCAGCGUGGAAUCGCACAAGUGUGCCGCAGCAACAACCACGCAGACGGACCUCCUGCGCACCGCCAUCAAGGACAACAUCGGGUUUGCCAGCCUGGACGCGAAGAUCAAGCACAUGCUGAGCGGCUGGUGCCUUGAGCACGCGUCCGACUACGUGGACGAGCUCAAGGCGCAGGGCAAGAACGAGACUGUGGCGUACGGGCAGCUCGGCGCCCAGGUCGGCGUGCUGCUGUGGGAGUUUGACCAGCACGAGCCCGGCAUGGAGUACUUCCAGACGGCGCUGCAGGUGUGCUCGCAGUUUAUGGGCCAAGAGGACCGCACGCUGGCCAGCGUGUUCCGCCGCCUGGGCGUGUGCCUGCUGCAGGUGGGCGAAGUCGACACAGCCAUCAACUGCUUUGAGCGCGUGCUGCAGAUCACGCACGCAACCGUUGGCGAGAUGCACACGGACACCGCAGACAUGUUCAAGAUUGUCGGCGACACGAUGCGCGCGCGCGGUGCACAGGAGGGCGCCAUCAAGUACCACUCCAAGGCCCUCGAGAUCCGCCUGCACGUGCUCGGGGAAGACCACGACGACACGCGCGAGUCCCGCCGCGAUGUUGCGCAGGCAUAUGAAAGCAAGGGCGACUACACCACCGCCCUGGAGCACCUGAACAAGGCCCUGGAGGUGAUGGAGGGCAAGGAGUACGGCCCAUACGACACGACGCUGGCCGCCGUGUACAACCAGCUCGGGCGCGUGUAUGCCCGCACGAAGCAGAACGACGAGGCCAUCCGCUACGCAGAGAAGGCGCUGGAGAUGUUUGAGAAGGCGUAUGGCGAGGACCACCCGGAGAGCGCAAGCAGCAUCAACGUCCUGGCCCAGGUGUACCAGAACAAAGGCGACACCACGCGCGCCAUCGAGUACCUGCACCGCGCGCUGGAGGUGGAUAUGAUCACCGUGGGCAUGAACCACCCCUCAACCGGCCUGACGUUCCGCAACCUGGGCGUGGCGUACGCCGCCAAGGAGGACUACGAGCAGGGCAUCGAGUACUGCCAGACGUGCGUGAACAUUCUCACGGACACGCUCGGCCGCAACCACCCACAGACGCGGAUGGCGCAGCAGCACCUGCAGGCAGUGCGCCAACAGCGCGACGGCAAGCAGGGCGGCCGUGGGGGCGGUGGCGGCGGCAUGACAAUGAGCGACCUGCUUCUCCUCGGUCUGCUUGCCGGCAUGUCCGGCGGGGAGAGCGGCGGCAGCGGGGAGCAGGAGACGUCAGACGCCAACGACGACGGCAGUGGGAAAGGGGGAGAGGAAGCAGGGGAUGGCGGUGAUGCUACUGGCGCCGGGCAGGAGCCGGGCACCGCAGGCACGCAAGCGCGCUCGGGCGCAGAGGCAGCGCCAAAGGAGGAAGUGAACCUCAACCCGGAGAGCAACCCCAACACGACGACAGAGAACAUCACGCGUCGCGCGUCGCGGGCGGCCAAGUACGCGAGCAUGCGCCGCCGCAAGAGCACGGCGUGGGCGGGCGACUCGGAUGAGAAGACCAACGAUGGUGAAGACGCGAUGCCUGCAAGCACGCAAGCUUCCGAGGCGACCAUGGCCGCCGGUGCCACCAAGGUCACAGAGACCAACUUUGCUGACAACAGCGACAAGAAGGGCGACAAGGAGGCGCGUCGUGACUCGUCCAGCGUGCCCGUUCACAAGUCAUGCUGCGCCAUACUUUGAAGGCCGGGAGGGGCUUGAAGAGUUGAGGGAAGCUCUUCUGCUGCGUGUGUGUGUGUGUGUUUGAGUUUGCUUGUUUGCUUGGUUGCUUGUUUGGUUCCUUGCUUGCUUCGUGCUUGUUUGUUUUUGUUUUUUUGUUGGCUCGUGUGUUGUUGUCGCUUCUCUGCUCAAAAGUGAGCCAAACGCACAAGCUCGUUAUGUCAACACGUUACCUUACAGCUACUAUUUCGUUGGUCUUUGAUUCACAGCAACGACACCAAAGUGCGAUAACAAUGCAUGCAGAAGCUAACAGCGUUCAAACAGACAACAAUAACAGUGAGCCAAGCACAUGCACGA